CUAACGUGCCACAAGCCGCUAAUAACGGUGCAUACCUUGUAAACCCAAACGCCAUCACAUGCCUCGACUCUCUCAAUUUUAGAGUCUAUUAUGAUUCUAACUUACAACUCUUCUACUCUUAAUUAUUUGUGCUGCUUAUUUCAACGACGCGAAUUCAGGAGCAUUGCAAGGUCCAGCAUCGCAUGGCGUUGCUACAUUAUUUAGAAAAAUGGAAUAUGUAAAAAGCUCUUAUAGAGCUGCAACAUCUCCAGUUGCCCAGAGGACAUAUCUCAGCGCUGCACUGUUCUUCUCCGCGUCCUUGGUGCUUUUAUUUAUUGCUGCUCUGGCCUAUCCCGUCUUCUACUAUAACUACGUGCCUAAGAAGGUUAUAUCACUCCCUAUACACCUACAAUAUGACUCCGGCCUGAACCCUUAUGGUGUCACAUCGGUCUCGUCGAACCUCAUGCACGAGCAGGCCUAUGAUAUAUCAGUAGAAUUAACAUUACCACGAUCGCCUUCGAAUCUCGACAGGGGGAAUUUCAUGGUCACUCUAUUCGGGAUAAAGAGCCAGCCAAGCAACCCAGCGUUCGCUUACUAUUUUUCGGGAGAGGACCCCUUCUCGCAUGUCAAGGAAGAUACCGUAGUCUUCACGAGCCGCCGGCCCGUCUUGAUCCCAUAUACAGACCCCCUCGUGAAGACGGUGUCGCGUGUCCUCUUCCUACCAUACCAUAUCCUAUACCCUAGCGCAUCGGAGACGAUAACACUUAGGGUUCCGAUGGGCGAGCUCGUUGAAUUCAACAAAAUCCUCCCGAUGAGCAUACUAGUGGAAGUACAAGCCGGUCAGACACUCCAGGUGUACUCAACUACUAUCACGCUGGUCGCCCGUUUGACGGGGAUCCGCUGGGCCAUGUAUAAUCAUCGCAUCAUUUCGUUUGUAGUCUGCACAACUGUUUUCUGGAUAGCCGAGAUACUAUCGACGGGACUGGCGUGGCUUAUCCUAAGCUCCCUCAUCUCAAACCAGAAACCUAAAGAGCCGGAAGAUAAACUAAACCCCAGACCUAGAGGUGACCCUUGGAUGGGCCCGCCUCCCGUUCCUGCGGCGUUUUCCCACGACGGGGCGGGAGACUCUUAUAGUGAGGGCGAGGAAAUGGUUAAGAAAGAAGAAGACGACGACGACGAUGAUGAUGUGGAUAUCAAGGAAGAGACGCCGGAACGAGAAACGCUGGCAGAUCAACCAGCGGAUGAUGAGGAUGAUGGGGAAGAUGUUUGGAGGGAGAAGGGUGCCGGUACUAGUUCCAGUUUUGAGAAAGGGGGCAGUAUACGCAGACGAUCAUCGCGAGGAGGCAGGUCUUGAUAAGGGAAGAAUUUGUUAGUGUAGACUUGAGAUGCCCCUCUCGAGCCUACUUAAUUCAAACAUGUUCGCCACGUAUCAUGGUGAGUUAUCCAGUUUAAAUUAUAGAAAUGCCGAGUCGCUGCUUGACUAGUCCAAGGGUGCCA